AUGGCCUCUCAGGGCAGCCAGGCCUCCGCCUCCGCCUCCUCCUCCUCCUCGUCCGGCACGCAGAGCUCGCUGGAGACGCUGCCCGGCCCGGCCCAGGAGACGCUGCCGCCCAUCGCCGAGGAGGAGGAGCAGGAGCAGCCCUGGGGGCGCCUCUUCCCCCGCAGCCCCGGGUUCGCCGGCCUCGAACUUGGACCAAGCCAGGUUAAAGCCACAGGUGACACUAGAAGGAGCGGCUUCCAUUUGCCGAUAAUGUUUUCAAAUCUUUGCUCCCCCCCAGACUGCCUGAACAAUGAAUACUGGUUUGGGAGAGACCCAAGUUGCGAAUACAGUUUUACAAGCCUGAAUCUGCCACACACAGAACUGUACAAACAGUACAGCAAGAAGCACUUCCGCAUCUUCAGAGAGCCAGGACCGAGAAACUCCCACGUGGCUUAUAUCGAAGACCACAGUGCAAAUGGCACGUAUGUCAACGGUCAACGCCUUGGAAAGGGGAACAAACUCCCCUUGACUCACAAUGCUGAAAUUGCUCUUGCUCUGCAUCAUAACAAAGUGUUUGUAUUUUCUGAUGUUACGGUGGAUGAUCAGUCAGAGUACCCCAAGGAGCUCAGAGAGAAAUACAUCAUCACAAAAACUUUGGGAAGUGGUGCCUGUGGAGAGGUGAAGCUGGCAUUUGAAAAGACCUCCUGUCGUAAAGUGGCUGUAAAAAUAAUAAAUAAGUCAAGGUUUAUGACAGAUGCCUUGCCAGAGAAUGCAAAGCCUUUUAACGUGGAAACAGAAGUGGAGAUUUUGAAGAAAGUUGACCACCCCUGCCUGAUAAAGGUUCUUGACUUCUUCGAAGGAGAAGAUUUCUACAUUGUGUUGGAACUGAUGGAAGGAGGGGAGCUCUUUGACAAGGUUCUGCGCCCUGCAAGACUGAGCGAAGCGACCUGCAAGUUUUAUUUCUAUCAGAUGCUGUUGGCUGUGCAGUACCUUCAUGAGCAUGGCAUUAUUCAUCGGGAUUUGAAGCUGGAGAACGUGCUUCUGUCAUCUCCUGAGGAAAACUGCCUUAUAAAGAUUACAGAUUUUGGACAGUCCAAAAUUAUUGGGGAGACCUCUCUCAUGCAGACCUUGUGUGGCACCCCCAAUUAUCUUGCUCCCGAAGUCCUCACUUCUGCUGGGACAGCUGGCUAUGGGCGGGCGGUGGAUUGCUGGAGCUUAGGAGUGAUCCUCUUCAUGUGCCUCUCUGGUUAUCCACCCUUUUCGGAUCAAAAUGCUCAGCAAUCUUUGAGAGAACAGAUCACCCACGGCAAAUUCUUCUACUAUACGGAAAAGUGGAAACAUGUAUCAAAAGAGGCCUUUGACCUGGUUCAGAAGUUGCUAACAGUGGAUGUUGACAAACGACUCAAAGUCGAUCAAGCCUUGGAGCACCCCUGGCUUCAGGAUAAAAGUUUGAAGCAGAAGUUUCAACAGCUGCUAACACAGAUGAACGACUCAGGACCUACACCUAAACCACCAACUUUGCCAUCCACAAGCAGAAAACGGCGCCACGAAAAGGAAGACCAAAACGUGCCGAGUCCAAAGCUUAGACUCCAAGCUGAAAAGGUGGAGAAACUUUAAUGGCUGCUAUAAUUUUUUCUAGAAUUUUAAGAUGUAUUUUUUUUGCACAUCAGUCACUGAUAAAGAACUGCUUGGUAAGAAUGUAGAGACUUGGUGAACUGUGGAAACUCCGGAUGUUCCCAGCUUUUCACUUGGGCAGAUGAACACUUCUGUGGCUCUAACGAUUAGUUUGUUCUGCUAUGCUUUUGGCUCUGUAUCUCCACCAAAUGUUCAAGUACAAACUUUCUAACUGUCCAAUUUUUUACAUAUUUAUACUUUAGAAAACACGAUUGUAAUAAAAGGGGGAAUACAAAAGAAAAAGGAAUUAUAUAAGGAGUCUAGAUAUCUCAAAGAUUAUUACGCAUAGCAAAAUAUAUUGAAAUUAAAAAUUGUUUUUCUCCAAAAUGUGUUUCAUCACAAUAUUGGAAUUGUUUUCAAAUAAAGUAUAAUGAGCCUUACUUCAAA